UUCUCUCGCUCUCACACACUCACACACACCCUUGUGUGGAGAGCAGAAGCACUGUGUAGUCCUUGGCUCUCUGCUCAAUCUCUGAUUGAUAUCAAGCUCCAGAUCAGUACAAGGAACGUAGCAGUGAAAGAGAAGGUAAAAACUUGAGAAGGGAUGGCCUUGGCUGACAUCACAGAGGAUGACGUUACUGAACUGAUGCAUGAGGAGGCAGAGGACGUCUUCAUUGAUGGAGUUUCCUCCCGUGUCCCAGAGAUCAUGGCGGCUGGCACACACUCUCCUGGAGGGCCCAGUGGAAUCAUCCGGAGUCAGUCAUUCGCAGGCUUCAGCACGCUGCAGGAGAGACGCUCACGGUGUAACUCAUUCAUAGGGAACUCAACAGUACAGAAGAAGUCACUCACAAAGCCCAAGAAGCCCCAUCUGUGUGGGCACAAGUCCAGCAGCAGCAGCAGCAGCUCUCAUGAACCGCAGCCUAAGAGAGUGGAGGAGGUGUAUGAAGCGUUGAAACAGGGCCUGGAUGAGUAUUUGGAAGUGCAUCAGUCAGAGCUGGAUAAACUCACCUCUCUCAUGAAGGACAUGAAGAGGAACUCCAGACUGGGAGUGCUGUACGAUCUUGACAAGCAAAUUAAGACAAUUGAGAGAUAUAUACGACGCCUGGAGUUUCACAUAAGUAAGGUGGAUGAGUUGUAUGAGGGCUUCUGUAUUCAGCGGAGGCUACGAGAUGGUGCCAGUAAAAUGAAACAAGCCUUCACUGCUUCACCUUCUACUAAAGGGACACGAGAGAGCCUGACUGAGGUCAACCGCCGCUACAAAGAAUAUACAGAGAACAUGAGCACUUUUGAGGGAGAACUGGAGAACCUGUUGGGAGAAUUCCAUAUUAAAAUGAAAGGUUUGGCUGGUUUUGCCAGGCUUUGUCCAGGUGAUCAGUAUGAGAUUUUCAUGCGGUACGGACGACAGCGCUGGAAGCUGAAAGGGAAGAUUGAAGCAAACUCUAGGCAAAGCUGGGAUGGAGAGGAGAUGAUCUUCAUGCCUCUAAUCACGGAUCUCAUUUCCAUAAAGGUAACAGAGCUGAAGGGACUCGCCACUCAUGUCCUGGUGGGCAGUGUGAUCUGUGAGACCAAGGACCUGUACACUGCCAUGCCUCAGGUGGUGGCUGUAGACAUCAACGAUCUGGGCACCAUCAAACUGAACCUGGAGGUCACCUGGUUUCCAUUUGAUGUUGAGGACUUAACCCUUUCCUCCAGUAACGUGAGCAAAACCACCGCCCUGCAGAGACGAGUGUCAGUGUACAGCCAGGGCACACCUGAGACCCCCACCUUCCAGGACACUUCAUUCUUUACAUGGCAGCUUCAGCCUCGUCAGGGCCACCAUCUCUCAUUCCUGCACACACUCAGGGACACUCUCUUAGAGAAACUCAGACGCAGUCGUUCAUUUGGUGACCUGGCUGCACUGCGGCCUCGUCCCAGGUCCAGUCUGGAAGUCUACGUGAGUCAGUCCGCACUGCCAGAUGAUGUGUUCGAAAAUGGUGGCUGUGGUGUAGCUGAAUGUAAGCGCCUGUCCUUCACCUUCUCGGAUACGCCAGUCUCUAGCCCAGCUCCUAGUCACUCGCAUCCUGAGAUCACAGUAACACCUCCUGAAAUUGACCAACCAUCUCAGCCUCCUGCCUUAGAUGAUCAGCCUGGUGAGGAAGAGGAUGGUGAGGAAGAGGAGGAGAGCACCAGUGUCAGUGCCAGCCUUGCAAGCGCCAGUGAAGCAGAAUCAGAGCGUGAGUGGGAGCGAGCUGAGUGUCAGCAUGGGUAUGAAUCCACAGCACCCUCGCUCUCCUCAGAAGGCCAGGUUUCAGCUGUAGGGCCAGAAGAUGUGGUAUUCCUGGAACCGGGCAGCCAUGAUGAGAGCUCAGAGCUGAAGCCAGUGGAGUUGGAUGGGGAGGAGGGCAGUCUGACCAGGCAGCUGGUGAGGAGGCUCACGUCCUCUGAUAUCCUGCCAGAACCAGCUGCUCUGAGCUGGGCAGGAGAGAGCAGCCUGGAGGAGGCCAUUCACAGCCUGCUAAUGAAACUGGAGAGUGUGGUCCAGCGCUGCAGAGAGCUUCAGGAUCUCGAACAGGAAGUGAUGAAACUUGAGGACCUGCUCAAGUGCCGAGGUCCUGCUCACAGGAGUCGUUCCUCUAGUCUCAGCCUGACUGUGGAGAGUGCUCUGGAGAGUUUCGACUUCCUCAACACCUCAGACUUUGAUGAUGAAGACACUGGGGAUGACAACACCGCCAUUUCACGUUCCGUGUUCUUCGACAUGGAUUCUGAGAGGAUCGGGUCAAAUCGGCAUCCAGAGGCCCGAGGUCAUCUGAGUGAAGCCCUGACUGAGGACACCGGUGUGGGUAACAGUGUUGCGGGAAGCCCCCUGCCACUCAGUACAGGCAAUGACAGUCUAGAUAUGGCCAUCGUCAUUCAUUUACAAUACUGCAACCAUCUUAUUCAGAUGUUGACUUCAGGAGGAAGCACGUGGCAGCAUAAAGCCGAUUUGCACAAACUUUCUGUCCAAACCGAGUUAUUAGAAGAGUUAACAGAGAACAGCACAGAGUGGCUGGGAAACAUCAGCUCAGCUGCUGACGUGCUGCCUGGCCUGGCAGAGAGGUCAGCGUUGCUCUCCCUGUGGUGUGAGUGCACUGGAUCUGGCAGUCUGUUUCACAGUACAUUGGACCGAGUCCUCAAACACAUGCAGCAACACUUUACUGCACCACUGCAGGAGAUUCACCCUCACAACACAGACUCUGUAAUCAGGCUGGUGGUGACUGAGAUGAUGGACAGAAAUGAGCUGACGUCCAUCCCUUCCUUUCUGCCACAAGAUAUUUUGACGGUGUUCCAGUUCUACAGCUAUGUCACUAAGCACAAUGUCACAGAAAUGAAGCAACACCUGCUGGAGGUGGCCACAGAAGCUGCGUUUGCGGAGCAUCUGAGCAAUGCUGAUGCCGAAUCCUCUAUAAGGGACUUGCAGGAAAUGCCCAUCAGUGCACUCCAGCCUCGUUCGCACACUUUGCACGUUCUUGCUGGCCUCCUGACCUCUGAUGACCCCGACCUCACUAAAGCGGCCUCUACAUUUCUCUCUAAUGCUGCCUCAUGUCCACUUUUUAGGUCAAAGGCAGUACAUUGCUACACACAAACCUUAUCAGAAGCAGGCAUACAUGCACAGAAAGCUGCUUGUGUUGCUCUGAGCUGUCUGCAGGCUGUGGAAAGCCUCAGAGCAGUUGUGGCACUGUGUGACUCUGACGAUGACGAGCUCCACCAUAUUGCCAGACAGACCCUCCUCACAUUCGGUGAGGAGGGUCGGCUGGCGUACGAGCAGUUGGACACAGUGCCAAGAGAGAUGGUGCGACUGGGUACGCGGCGUGGUAAUGCCGUCACCACUGCCUUCUGAAAGCAGCAAGUUAAAAGUCCACAAUACCAUACCUGUGUCCAACUGUCCCCCACUUAUCCGGGGCACGAGCAUGCCAAGGCAUUAUGAACUGAGGUCCUGUUCCUCACAAAGCCACUCUUUCAUCAGGUUCUAAUGCACAGAUCAGUUCUAGCAGUAGUUAUCUUUUUUUUAUGAUCACUCACAUUAUUAUUGAUGUUCUUUCUGACUACCAUUUAAUUAUUGGUUGAUACUAGUUGAGGUUCCCGAAUUUGCACUUGUCAGAGGCAUGUACAUAGAGCACAUUGUUGUCGUAUUGUGUGGCGUAACUUACCUGAACUACUUACUGACUCGUGCUUUUCAGCUUCAGGGAUUCUGAGGGACGUGCUUAGUCGAAACUGCGUAAUUACUCAGAGUGAAGAUGUGAGUAAAUAAGUUCAAACUUUGGGCAUCUUUUGACAGAGUUAUGCUCUGAAACAGCUGAUAACUGUUUAUCCAGACCUCACACCACAAAGUUUGCUUCACUUUGCUUUGCAAUGCCACCAAUCACCGUUACACAAAGCUUGGAAUAAAGAGCAGUAGGAUGGUGACAUGAUGGUCUGCCACUGGAGUCUGAAGAAACAAGCUUCUUCAGUUUUAUCCUGCAGAAUAUAUAUUGCAUUAAAAUGGUAUGAAUGCUCUGGUGAAUGGCGAGAACAGAUAGUGGGGUGUGCGUGCGUGCGUGUGUAUUUUAAAACUGCACUUUUCUGUAUCUCAAGUAUGAAGUCUUAAUUGAUUUACUGUGAAUUUGAUGUUAAGCUUCAAUGAAGACUGAAAGUACAGUGCUCUGUGAUCCAACUCGCUUCUGUGCCUAGUGUAACUGUACUACUGAGUUGCAUUUUUAACUGUGACAACUCAUCUUUUCAUCACGUUAUUUAUUACUUUUUUUUUAUUACAUCCAUAUGACUCUUUCCUUUUUAAUCAUAAAAUUGCUUUGUAUCUACAAAAACAUACUUUAAUUUCUUUUGUAUUUGUGAUCACUCCCUGCAACCACACAGUCACAUUUUGAUGUUUUAAUAUGGUAAACUUUUAAGUUGUUUUACUGAUCACUUAUCUUAUCUUUAUGGGAGUACUAGAGUACUAAUGUGCUUAGUAAGCACUGAGUGUUUAUAUUAGCCUGUUAUUGUCAUCAGUCAGUUCAUGAAAUUCUAAAGCCAUAAUUCACAUAAAAACAUAUGAACAAUAUAGUGUUUCACAGAUCUUUGUAAAUUUGGCUUAUUUUUCCAUAAUAGAUAAUAGUUUUAUCUGCUUUUGUGUCCAAUCUGAGUUAUUCUCAUUUCCACAGUAUUUUUGGGUUUGGCCAUCAAGGAACCAAUUUAACAUCAGUCUCCAAUGGAUUUUUUGUACAUAUAUUUCUCGUGUAAUGAACAUUGAUGUGCUUUAUUUAAAUCCAGGCUUAACCAUAUACAGAGAUUCAUUUUCACUAACAAGCUCCUGAAAUCCUGUUAAAUAUCUUAGUAUUAUUUUUUUCAGAAUUGGUUUGAGAUGAAUGUUUUAGGGUAGAGGUGUGCUGUAUAAACAGCUUUAGCACAACUUGGAUUUGAACGAAUGCAGCACUCUGGCUCUCAAACCUGUUGUAUAUCUCCAUUCAGUUUUUUGUGUUUAAUAGUCCUGUCUGUUGCAAUAAAGUAUAUUUUUGGAUAAUGGUA